GAAGGGAUCAGUUAAAGAGGUGAUGGCAUGCUCUGGGGAAGGUAUUUUAACAGACCUUGCCAAGAGAUUGGUAGAUAAAACCAUAAAGGAAGUUAAUUACUUUCGUCAUUUCGAGACUCAUGAUCACGAGUUUGAUGGGGACAAUCAACUUUUGAUUGGAAGAUUAGAGAAAGUUCGAAAGGAUAUUGACGAUGCCAAAAGUAAUGGGCAUCAAGUUGAAGGUGAAGUUCAAGGUUGGGUAACGGAAGCUGAUAAUCUAAUUCAAAUGAAUGCUGAAAUUAGACAGACAAUGUUUGAUAGCUGGUGUUUUCUUAGGAAAUAUCAACAAGGCAAGAGAUUAGCACAGAGGGCGCAAGUCAUUAAAGGUCACAUCCAAAAAUGUAACUUUGAAAGAGUAGCUCGUCCAGGUAAACUUCCAGGUAUGAAGUACCAUGCUUCAAAAGACUUCAUUGAUUUUGAGAGCAGGAAGACAAAAUUUAAGGAACUUGUGGAUGCUUUAGAAGAUGGAAAUCAUUACAUGAUUGGAUUGCAAGGGAUGGGGGGAGCGGGCAAAACCACAUUGGCAACACAAGUGGGAAAGCAAGUUGAAGAAUCCAAAGCAUUUGAGAAAGUCAUUUUUGUUGUUGUGUCUAAUCCUCCAGAUCUCAACAAGAUUCGAGGCAACAUUGCAAGGGAACUAGGUUUGCAUCUAGAGGAAAGAGUUGAAGAAGAUCACUCAAAGCAUUUGUGGUCUAGAAUUUCUGAUUAUAAAAAAAAAUUACUUAUAAUAUUAGAUGAUGUGUGGGAGAAGCUAGACCUCACCGAAAUUGGGAUUCCAUCUGGACCUGAUCACAAGAAUUGUUAUGUUUUGAUAACCACUCGUCAUUCAAAAGUUUGUCAACAAAUGAGAUGCCAACAAGUGGUUCACCUACACACAUUGGGUGAUGAGGAUGCAGUGCGUCUCUUUCUGUAUCAUGCUAGUGGUUGUGAUGAUGAUGAUCCUUCAAGAAAUAAUUUAGAGGGUCUUGCAGGAGAUUUUGUAAAGGAGUGUGGACGAUUACCAAUUGCAAUUGUGGCACUAGCUGGCACAUUAAAAAAUUGGCCUGUUGCUGAAUGGACUGUAGCUUUGAUGACCUUGCGAAAUUAUAAGCCGAUUGUCGAUGUUGAUGAAGAUUUGGUGAAUGUUUACAAAUGCUUGGAAUUAAGCUAUGAUAGAUUAAAUAAUGAGAAGGCCCAAAAGCUCCUUUUACUGUGUUCUAUUUUCCCAGAAGAUUACGAAUUUCCAUUAAAUCUCAUUAUUAGACUUGGUAUAGGGUCAGGAAUUUUCGGGGAAGUUAAUGACUAUUGUGCAGCAAGAAGCCAACCGCUUGCUAUGAAAAAUGAACUCGUAGCUUCUUCUUUGCUACUGAAGGUUGAGAAUAAAGAAUGUGUAAAGAUGCAUGACUUAGUUCGUGAGGUAGUCCAGUGGAAAGCAAAGGAUGAUAUUCAAGUGAUUAUAAAUUCAAGAACCACUUUUGAAGCAAGCAAGCGAUUUGUGUUUUGGAGUACUGAUGAUUUUCCUGAUCAUCAGUUUGAUGGUACGAAAGUUGAGAUUUUACUUCUUUGGAUAAGUGGAAAUGCUUUGAAGAAAGACCCAAAUGUAUUCUUCGCAAGGAUGUCAAGGCUCAAAAUUCUGUUUUUGUUUGCUCAAUAUGAGAGAAAAGUUCCCACUCCAUCAAUGUUGCAAUCACUUCUUUCAUUAAAGAAUAUUCAAACUCUUAUCUUGGACGGUUGGAAAAUAGGUGACAUCUCAAUUUUGAAGAAUCUACAAAGUCUUGUGACACUUGAGAUGGAAAAUUGUCUAAUUAUUGAAUUAGCCAAAGAGAUUGUGGAACUAAAGAUGUUGAGACUGUUGGGUUUCAAGAAGUGUGAAAUUCAAAAGAACAAUCCUUUUCAAGUGAUUGAAAGAUGUUCACAACUGGAAGAAUUGCAUUUUGUGGGGAAUUACAAUGUGAAGGAUUGGAAGCUAGAGCAUAGAACUGCUCCUGAAAGAUCUCCUACUGCAUUGCAAAUGUUUUCUAUUGCUUGUGAUGGUUUUAACGUUUUGCUGGUAAUGAUAAUGGCCUAUUCAAAUGCUUCAAUCCAGAACACAUGAAACAUUUAAUAUCAGAAGCCAUGUUUAAGUACCUUGUGGGAAGAGCGGAAGUUCUUGAGUUAGGGAAUUUAGGACAAACAAGAUGGAAAAGUCUUGUCCCUGACAUUAUUCCUAUGAAAGAUGUAGUCAAGGAUAAUUUAAUGAAGCUUUACUUGUAUGAAUGGGCUGACAUUGAGUGCCUUAUUAAUAGUAAUAAGUGUCACUAUUCUAAUUUGACAGUCUUCUUGAACUUAGUUGAGUUACAGCUGCAUAAAGUGGAUGUGAAAGAAUUAUGUCGCGGUGCUAUGCCUUCCGGCUUUCUUGAGAAGUUACAGAUUUUAAAGUUAGAGGGUUGUAGGGAACUGCAAAAUAUAUUCACAGAUGAAAAUCUCAAGCUACCUCAUCUAAGGGUAUUGAAAUUGAAAGAUUGUCCAAUGUUCCAACUAUCCAUUUUCAAACCCUUUGUUGCUCGAAGUCUUGGGAAAUUGGAAGAAUUAGAAGUUGAAGGUUUCACAGAGCUAAAAAGUUUAAUUGCAGACGAGAGUUUAGAAGAAGAAAUGGGAUU